GAAGGGGUGAAUUUUUUUAAGAUUUCUUUUUUCACAAGUUCUCAAUCUCCCUUCCCCCUUCAUCUUUAACAUGUUCAAAUCCUUGCGUGCUGCUAGCUCUUUCGCCCAGCGUGCCUCUUUGGUCGCUCGUAAACCCGUUCAACAUCAACAAAAGCGUUUCCUUAACAUCCACGAAUACUUGUCUGUUAAGCUUUUGAGAGAAUACGGUAUUAACGCUCCCAAGGGUGAAGUUGCAAAGACACCUGAAGAGGCUUAUGAUAUUGCAAAGAAACUCGGAUCCGACGAUCUUGUCAUCAAGGCUCAAGUCCUUGCUGGUGGUCGUGGUAAAGGUACCUUUGACAAUGGUUAUAAGGGUGGUGUAAAGACUUUCAAUACACCCGAAGAAGCUAGAGAGCUUGCUGAAAACAUGCUUGGUCACAGAUUGAUCACGAAGCAGACCGGUGCUGAAGGAAAGCCCUGUAACGCUGUCUACAUCUGUGAACGUAAGUAUGCUCGUAAUGAAUAUUACUUUGCCAUCUUAUUGGACCGUAAGUCUGCUGGUCCCGUUAUCGUUGCCUCUGCUCAAGGUGGUGUCGAUAUCGAAACUGUUGCUGCUCAAAACCCUGAUGCUAUCAUCACUCUCCCUGUUGAUAACAAGGUUGGUCUUACUAAGGAAGCCGCUUUGGGUCUCGCCAAGAAGAUGGGUUUCACUCCUCAAGGUCAAGAACAAGCUGCUGACACUUUUGUAAACCUCUUCAAGCUCUUCAACGAAAAGGAUGCCACUCAAGUCGAAAUCAAUCCUUUGUCAGAAUCCAGCGAUCACCAAGUUCUCUGUAUGGAUGCCAAAUUGAACUUUGACGAUAACGCCAGCUUCAGACAACAAGAUGUCUUUUCUCUCCGUGAUUUCACUCAAGAAGAUUCUCGUGAAAUUGCUGCUGCUAAGUACAACUUGAACUACAUCGGUUUGGAUGGUAGCAUUGGUUGUUUAGUCAAUGGUGCUGGUCUUGCUAUGGCUACCAUGGAUAUCAUUCAACUUCACGGUGGUAAGCCCGCCAACUUCUUGGAUGUCGGUGGUGCUGCUACCCCUGAAGCUGUCAAGGCUGCUUUUGAAAUCAUUACCUCUGAUCCUCAUGUUUCAUCUGCAUUCGUCAAUAUUUUUGGUGGUAUCAUGCGUUGUGAUGUUAUCGCUGAAGGUAUCAUUUCUGCUGCCAAGGACUUGGAUCUCAAGAUUCCCUUGAUCGUCCGUCUCCGUGGUACAAAGGUCGAUGAAGCCAAAAAGUUGAUUGCUGAAUCUGGUCUUCGUAUCUUUGCUGUUGAAGAUUUAGACACUGCUGCCCAAAAGGCUGUCAAGUUCUCACAAAUUGUCACAUUAGCCAGAGAAGCAGGCAUUGAUGUCAAGUUUGCUUAAAGAAUCUCCCUUUCUACCUCAUCUUAUUUAUAUUUUAUAUAUAUUUUCUUAUUUUUGUUAACUACAUAAAAGAAUCUUUCCUCUUUCUCUUUAAGUGGGGAUAUGUACUCUUUCUUUUUAAUGAC